UAAAGUCGCUAGUUACACAAUGCUGUGGAGACGGUAGUAGAACAGAGUUGAGUAGGUUGAAGGCAGUAAAAAACAUAACAAGUGUGAGGAAUUCAGGGGUUUCCAACAUGGCAUCAUGCGAUACCCUGUACAUCGAAACGGACGGCUCAGAGAUGCCAGCUGAGAUAGUGGAACUCCAUGAAAUCGAAGUGGAGACCAUAGAGACAACAGUUGUUGGAGAGGACGACGAUGAACAGCCCAUGAUCGCUUUACAGCCCCUUGACUCAGAUGAUCCACACUCAAUGCAUCACCAUCAUCAGGAGGUAAUAUUAGUGCAAACAAGAGAAGAGGUGGUUGGUGAAGAUGAUUCGGACAUGCACGGGGAUGAUGAUUACGAGGACCAAAUUCUUAUACCUCUCCCAGUCCCUGCCGCUGAAGAGGAAUAUAUCGAACAAACUCUAGUGACUGUCGCCGGGAAGAGUUCGGGGCGGAUGAAGAAGGGGGGAAGCGUGAAGAGAAAUAAAAAGAGUUACUUGGGUGGACCUGAGGCCAGUGGUAGAAAAUGGGAACAGAAACAAGUCCAGAUAAAGACUUUGGAAGGAGAGUUUUCGGUGACCAUGUGGGCAUCGGAUGACAAGAAGGAAAUUGACCAUGACACUAUGGUGGAGGAGCAUGUCAUCGGGGAGAGUUCCCCUCCCGAUUACUCCGAGUAUAUGACAGGGAAGAAGCUCCCGCCUGGGGGCAUCCCAGGGAUUGACCUGUCAGACCCUAAACAGCUGGCAGAGUUCGCCAGGAUGAAGCCACGGAAAAUAAAGGAGGACGACUCUCCCAGGACGAUAGCCUGCCCCCACAAAGGGUGCACUAAAAUGUUCAGGGAUAACUCGGCGAUGAGGAAGCAUUUGCACACCCACGGACCGCGUGUUCACGUCUGCGCCGAAUGUGGAAAGGCCUUUGUUGAAAGCUCUAAACUGAAGAGGCAUCAACUUGUUCAUACCGGAGAGAAGCCUUUCCAGUGCACGUUUGAGGGCUGCGGAAAGCGGUUCUCUUUGGACUUUAACUUACGCACGCACGUGCGGAUUCACACUGGAGACCGACCCUACGUCUGUCCGUUCGACGGCUGCAACAAGAAGUUUGCCCAAUCUACCAACCUCAAGUCUCACAUCCUCACACAUGCUAAAGCUAAAAACAAUCAGUGACUGUGAAUCAACCAACCACUGUGAGGAUACGCCCCCCCCCCAUAUCUUCCCCUCGGCGGCAGCACCUUGUGCCACCUAGGAGCUAGAAAAUGUACAGAGAAGAAAACAACAAACUCUAAAGAUGAUGCUUAACACCUACCCUGUCACCUUGGCACGAUCUCGAAAGAAAAGCAUAAUGUUUCUUCUUGUGAAGAUAGGAAGUUCUUGGACCUGCAACCGAAAAGACAAGUUAUUUAUACUGCAGUGCCCAAAGAGAAAGAAUUGACAUUUUAAAGUUAUGUUCUCCAUCAGCAUAGCAAAAUAAUUGCUUUUAAAUUUUGUAUCYUUUUUUAAGUGUGCAUAUUGUACACUUUCUCUGGCUUAGUGGUAUUAUGCAUGUUUGUUUUCCCUGAGAAUUGAAAUCUAUGAUAGCUCUUCUUGGAGGAGAAUUUGCAGUUUAUUCUACUUCCCUGCUUCCCCCCCCCCC